AUGUCAUUUUUCACAGUUUUGGUCGCUCAGCUUUCACGGGCAGUUUCCCUUCCCAAGCUCCAGAGGUUCACAGUGAAAACUGCGAACGCUAUCUUCACAAACAGCGACAGACGGGCCAAUCGGGGCGGGGACGUCACAAACGCGCUCGAGUCAUGCGGAGCCGCCGCCACGGAGGCGCUCGGCUCCCUCCAGUGGACACGCAGCGACUUUAUUUCAUGUGAUAAGUUUGUGGAAGAAGGACGCCAUGUGAGGAGGCGUUUGCUCUUGUUUUACACAGACUACGAGGGACAGCGCUCGUUAAACCAGGUCUGUGAGGAUGAGAAGGUCUCCACAGUCUGGAGUCUGGUCUCUGACAGGCUCAACAUACCUGUCAAUCAACAGGGACUCCUCUACAAAGGCAAGGCGCUGGCAGGUAGGCUGAACAGCACAGCACAGCACAGCACAGCACAGCACAGCUCACCCCUCCUCUCACCCCUCGCCUCAUCCCUCCUCUCACUCCUCGCCUCACCCCGGGUCAGUGUGGCACAGCCUGCCUGCUCUUCUGAACAAACACUUCAGCCCUGCCGACGCAGUGAGAGUCUGGAGCAGCAACACAAGGUCUGUGAGGAUGAGAAGGUCUCCACAGUCUGGAGUCUGGUCUCUGACAGGCUCAACAUACCUGUCAAUCAACAGGGACUCCUCUACAAAGGCAAGGCGCUGGCAGGUAGGCUGAACAGCACUGCACAGCGCAUCACAGCACAGAACAGCUCACCCCUCCUCUCACGCCUCGCCUCACCCCGGGUCAGUGUGGCACAGCCUGCCUGCUCUUCUGAACAAACACUUCAGCCCUGCCGACGCAGUGAGAGUCUGGAGCAGCAACACAAGGAUUACGAGCGGAGGCUGCGCUUGUUGAGCCUGGUUGAUAUGGAGCGGCUGGCGACCCGCAUGCUUCACCCUGAGGCUGUGGAGUGCAUGGAGCUGUCCUUCCUGGACUGAGGAAUACUGCUGCUGCCCUCUCCCCCCUCUCCUCUCCACCUCUCCCCUCUCCUCGCCAAGGAGGGGAGGUGAGGAGAGGGAGGAGAGAGAGGAACCUGCUACUGAGGGAGCUGCAGCUCUGAGGAGAGGGAGGAGAGGGAAGAGAGAGGAACCUGCUACUGAGGGAGCUGCAGCUCUGAGGAGAGAGAGGGAGGAGGGAGAGGAACCUGCUACUGAGGGAGCUGCAGCUCAGAGGGGAGGAGAGAGAGGAACCUGCUACUGAGGGAGCUGCAGCUCUGAGGAGAGGAGAGAGAGAUUAGAGAGAGGAACCUGCUACUGAGGGAGCUGCAGCUCUGAGGAGAGAGAGGGAGGAGGGAGAGGAACCUGCUACUGAGGGAGCUGCAGCUCUGAGGAGAGGAGAGAGAGGAACCUGCAGCUCUGAGGAGGAGAUCAAAUCUUUCUUCAGGUGUUGUUAUUUUGAUAUAGUUUUGAGGUUGAAUAUUUCAGUCCAGGUUUGAAGCACUCACUCUUCAUUACUGAUAUUUAAAUCCAGAAGAAACACAAAAUAAAUAAAAAUCUGUGUUGAA